GGGGCGUGGCCUAUGGGCAUCGGGGCGUGGCCUCAGGCAGAGGGGGCGUGGCGAACAAUGUAGCGACGCAUCCUCCUUCCGGGUCGGGCCGAGAAGAGCCGAGGCUGAGCGAGCCGGGUCUAAUUAACUGAGCCGGGUGUAAUUGGGACGGGCCGAGCCAUGGGGCAGAUCGAGUGGGCCAUGUGGGCCAACGAGCAGGCGCUGGCGGCCGGGCUCAUCAUGCUGACGGGCGGGAUCGUGGCCGUGGCGGGACAGUUCAAGGGCUGGUACUUCGCGGCGUACGCUAUCGUGGCAGGCGUUUUGGUCUGCCUGCUCGAGUACCCCAGAAGCAAGAGGAAAAAGGGCUCCACCAUGGAGAGGUGUGUCGCUCUGCAGCGGCCAGAAGUACGUGACGGCGGUGGUGAAGGUGUUUGGGCCCCUGACGAGGAAUUACUACAUCCGAGCCGUCCUACACGCCGCCUUGGCCGUCCCUGCUGGUUUCCUCCUCUCCACCAUCCUGGGCACCGUUUGCCUGGGCAUCGCGAGUGGCAUCUACCUGCUGGCAGCGGUGCGCGGGGAGGAGUGGAGACCCAUCGAGCAGAAACCCCGGGAGCGGCCGCAUGUUGGGGACACCAUCAAGCAGCCCCCCAGCAACCCCCCGCCCCGGCCCCCCCCCGACGCCCGCAAGAAGCAGCCGGCUGAAGUGGGGGGGCAGGUGAACCCCAUCCCUGUCGAGGCUGAGUAACGGGGAGCGGGGGGGACACCCUCCUGCUGCUGCUGCGCUGCUCGUGCUCCCGCUUCCCAGGUGCGCACCGGCUCCUGGGGAUCCCCAAAUCUUUGAGCGCUCCCCGGCUCCUUGGGGAUCCCCAAAGAUGCUCAGCUCCCUGAGGGCUCCCCAGCUCCUGGGGAUCCCCAAAUCCACAAGGAUGCUCAGCUCCCUGCAAGAUCCCCAAAUCCCUGAAGGUGCUCAGCUCCCUGAGGGGUCCCCAGCUCCCAGGGGCUCCCCAGCACCCGGAGAUCCCCAAAUCCCCAAGGAUGCUCAGCUCCCUGGGGGUUCCUCAGCUCCUGGGGG